AUGAAGGCCGACAUACCGGUUCAAGAUAAAGACACACCAUUUACGCGUCAAAAUACUCCACAUCCCAAGGAAUUAAGAGAUAAAGCCAAAAAGCUAUUGGCUAAAAAUCGUACAGAUGAGGCGCCUGGUGUAUCGUCAAAUUUAGAUACCUUAACAGAAGAGAAAUUAAAUGUUACUGCCAAUUUUCCAAGAACAACAAUCCAACACACCACAUCAACAAACUCAACAUUCACAACCACAAAUGUUGUUAGUGAAGACACAAGCCACACAACAGCAACCACCAGGAAAUCAACUACACCAACGGGUGGUGAACAACAACAGCCGGCACAUGUUAAUAUUAAACCAGAAAAUGUUAUUGUUGCAGCCAGUACUGUUAACGAACAUGAUGACGAUGAUGAAGACGAUAAUGCCGACGAGGAAGAUGAUGAUUAUGAUCAAUCAGAGAGACGUGUUGGCUUUCAAGUGGAGGGUUCUGAAGAAGAUGAUUUCCGCAAUAGACCACCGAAACUGCAUAGACGUGAUACACCACAUCAUUUGAAAAAUAAACGUGUUCAACAUAGCAUCAACAAUAAGAAAGAUCAUGAAAUUUUGGCCAAUGCUUUGCAACAAGAGACCAAAAAACUCCAACAAUUACCUACCGUCCAAUCACCUAUAGCUGAAAAUCCCUCAGCUGAACAGAGUGAACAGGAGACGGAUAAUGGUAAUGGCUUUGCUAAACCACAACAUCCGUUCGACGCUCCUCUAUCGCCCAUCCAUUCACCACCAGCGAUGGUAACAUCGUCUGAAUUGCAAACAAACCGAGACAUUCAUCCUGUUGCCAUUGUAACUGAUGGUGAGUACAUAAAGAAAAAACUCAACUUCAAUCAAUGUAAUAAAUGAAAAUAAAACACUUUUAUUUGGUGAUGGGUCUAACUAAAAUCACACUACUUUCCUCCUCCUUUAUAUAUUUUUCUAUACACAAACGAACUCUAUCCUAUAAAUGAAUCUUCACAAAAUACACACAAACACCCACUCUCACUGUAUGUAGUUGAUCUAUGAAUAUGAAAUCAAUGCAAGACCAUCAUGU